CAUUCUCCGUAUAUUUUAACACGAUUUUCAUUAGGACUGUGUCAUUUUAUUUCGUUAUUUCGAGGUGCAAAGUUGUUUUGGCAGCAGUGAAACUAAAAAAGAGAAAAAAAUGAUCGUAAAAUUAUUUUACAUUUUAUUAAUUCACUUUAUCUUUUGUAAAGCUGAACCUCGACAAAAUACAGCACCAGUUCUACCGUAUAUUCCUGACCCUCGCACUGGCAACUUGAAUAAUGGUUUAGAUUGUAGACCCGCUUCACCUGAACAAAGGUUAGAUCAAAAUCAAGGUGCACCAUUGAGUACUAAUGGACUCGUACCUCAAUCUCUUAAAGAUCAAAGUGAACUCAGAAAUCAAAAUCAAUAUGUAUAUACUCCAAAAAAACCUUUGAAUGACCAAACUAAUGAAGUUGAUGAAAGUCGAAAGCAACCUCUCAACAGAGAUUCUGAGGUUGAAAGUCGAAAUGGAAAGAAACAACCACUAAAGGAAUCUAAUCCAGCAGAGCUCGGUAAAUUAGUUGAAAAGUGUCUAACGAGCAGACUUGCGAAGCAAAGUAGAUCAUCAAGACCAAGUAGCCAAUUGGACUCUCAAGAACUUUUGAAUACUCGAAGAAGUAAUCCCUCAGAUUCCUCUUUAGAUGAUGAUAGUUUUGAAGCUCAGAGUAGAAAUGAUAGUCCAAGUGAAGUAGAUGAAUCACUGGCCGACCCCACACAAGUUGUUGGACUCAGACGCUUAUCGAAUCCUAAUUCCAAUUUAGUAUUAGCAAAUAAUAGGAAAGUUUGCUAUGCUUGUACCAGCGCUAACAACCCAAGUUGUUGGACACCUGAUCGCCAAACCACCGUAAAAUACUGCAACAGAGCCAAUGAUGCUUGCGUCACCAAAACCUACAAUGCUGGGCAAAACAAGGUUGUAAUCCGAGACUGCGGUAACUCCUGCUCAGAAAAUGUUAUCGGUGUCCAUCCAGAGUUCACUUCCUGCUCUGUCUGCCACUCCAACCUCUGCAACGACUCCAAUGGCGCCUUCAACUUACAUAUCAACUUGCACAGUUUUAUUCUUGGUCUUAUUCUCGUUGCCUUAGUUAAACGAGUGGUUUAAAUAUUUAAACAAAUCAAGCUAAUCUUAUAACCGAUUUUGCAUAGCACCCUGUUCACUGAUUUUGCCAAAUGUAUCUAUACUAAAACUUUUUUGUAAUGUGAUUAGACAAUUUUGUAUUAUCAAAUGUAAAUCUGUAGUUCUCAUUCGUUUAUAAAUAUUAUAUUAUGGUACGAUCGUUGUGAUGAUUUAUUACUUUUUUCUCUAUUUUGCUAUCCGAAGAUCAAUAAAGAACGCCCCUUGGUGACGAGAUUUGA